AUGGUACAGCCUGCAGUGCACCGUCGAACGAAUGAACAAAUGAACAAGUCAGAUUUUCUCACUGCGGAGUCCCGGGACGCUACAUUGGUGGCAGCAGAAAGCGAACCCGAUCUUGAAAGACAUGUAUCCUGA